AUGGCGCUGGCGGCCGCCCUGACCCGGGAGGGCGGGGAGGACGCCUUCCGCAGGCUGUUUCGCUUCUACCGGCAACGCGAUGUGUCGGAUUUGAGGGGCGUGGUGGACUUCUCCGUGCCGGGGGGCCAGGUAUUCAGAUCACAGCUCAGUGUUUCUUCAGUCAGUGACCAAGAUGCCUGCAGAGCAGGAUUACAGCCAGUUAGCCAGUGGAAAGCCUAUGGCCUCAAUGGAUAUCCAGGGUUUAUUUUCAUACUAAACCCUUUCCUUCCGGGCUGCCAGCGUCACUGGGUGAAACAGUGUCUCAAGCUUUACCCCCAAAAACCAAAUGUCUGCAACCUGGACCUGCAUAUGGCUCCUGAGAAGACUAUUGACCUGUGGGGACAGAGCAAGGAGCAGCUGAAAAGGAAGGGUUCCAGUAAACGGGAGCCCAGAAGCUUACUGGAGAAGCUGCGCUGGGUGACCCUUGGUUAUCAUUAUAAUUGGGAUACUAAGAAAUACUCAGCAAAUCACCACACUCCUUUCCCCUCAGACCUUGCAUUUCUGUCAGAACAAGUGGCUGCAGCCUGUGGAUUCCGGGGUUUCCAAGCCCAAGCAGGGAUCUUGAACUACUAUCAUUUUGACUCUUCAUUGGGAAUUCAUGUGGAUGAGUCUGAACUAGACCAUUCUCGACCACUUUUAUCAUUCAGUUUUGGGCAAUCCUCAAUAUUUUUGCUUGGGGGCCUGAAGCGGGAGGAAGCCCCAACAGCAAUGUUUAUGCACAGUGGUGACAUCAUGGUGAUGUCUGGCUUCAGCCGUCUGCUGUAUCAUGCUGUCCCCCGGGUCCUCCCCAACCUUGAAGGGGCAGCUUUGCCGUCAUGCCUGGACCAAGCACUUCCUUCAGACCUCCCUGCGGGCUCAGUCAUUGAGCACAGCUCUGAUGAGGACUGGCAGGUCUGUGCCAAAUACUUGGAAUCCUCUCGCAUUAACAUGACUAUCCGGCAGGUGCUGGCUGAGGGCCAGAAAUUUCCUGAGAAAUCUGAGACAAGUGGAAAGAGCCAGGCAUGCUCUGAAGACACUCACCAUCAGCAGAACAACAGAGUCAAGAGACAUAAGCCAAAUACAGACAGCUGAAACCAGGAAAUCAUCCUGAUACAACAGGGCAGGCAACCUCCAUAUGGAAUUGGGAACUGAAGCAAUCAUACUAGAACUCACUGUAUUUGAGUUAAUAAACUUCUGCACAGUAAAUGUGGUUCUUCUUGCUGUAAUAAAUGGGCUGGAGGAGAAAGAGAAUUCGAAAGGAAAAGAAAGGGAAUUUCAAGACCAUGACUCAGGAGAUACUUCCUGUGUUCUGUUCCUAUUAAAAUACAAAGUGUGAGCUCCAUUCAUGAAGUUGGGCAGGCAGAAAGUGCUAGCAAAAGAUACAUAAUUGGAGUGUGUUAAAUAAUCUUGCUGGGCUUGUGAAGCUCAGAUGAAGUGCAGUGACAAGUUACAAAUGAGAAUAGGCUGCUUUAGGUGCAAGAUCUUCCUACAGCAACUCAGAAGACUUGCCUCUAGAGCAAAAAUUGCUUCACUGAUAAGAAACUAGUAGUUCCCAUGAGCAACAGCUGCCAGAAGCUUGCUCUAGCCCUGUGCUCUCAUUUUGCCUGCUUCCACCCUCUCAGCUGCAGGAGAAGGUGAGCAGUGUUACGAGUGAAACUGGACUUUAUUUGCAUACCUCUGGUUUUAGAGAGAAGGGAGAGGGGGCAGUAUCUAAUUGGAAUAUGUAGUAGGUCCAGUCUGGGUCUCCUCCUAGCAGUAAAUACAUGGCUGAGCCCUACAUCUUCCUUUCAAAACUGCCCCCUUAAGUGCCUGAAGAUUAUGGUCCUCCCGUCCCAAGCUAGCAUCUAUAAGGAACAGAAUGGCUUGCAAAUAGAAGCAAUGAAGUUUUAAAUUAAGUACCCCAAAAAAGUUCAUCAGUGACUAUCUCUGCCACCCAAAGAUACUUUCAUACACUGAAACAAAGAAAAGGCCUAGCUUUUUUCCCAGUUCUUUUUAAGACUCAAACCUUCAUAUCAACUUUGUAAUGCAAUUUUAAUUGUUGUAGUUGAAUGCACUGUGCCUGGGGUAUUUUGUUGGACUUUCUCAGUGAAUGAACUUACUCAGUUUUAAAUUAAAGAUCUCUAUCAGUU